GUUGAAAUCUCCCAAACUUAUAAGGAAGACAGUCGUUUUGCCUUUCCUUCUUAUUCAGUCUGUGGUAUGACGUAUCACUCAAAAACUUGUUUAAAGAUAAAUUUGGGGGUAUAUUUCGAUUCAAAAUGGUAGAACCGCCUAAGAAACAACCACCUGCGGUUGCAGAAAAAACCAUGGACGAUGACGCAGAUUUGGAACCCGGAGAGCCCGGCGAUGCUGCCGCUUUUUCCUACACUGAACACUCAAUCCGUAAAGCUUUCGUUAGGAAGGUGUACGCAAUUUUAAUGCUGCAGCUUGUCAUCACGUUGACAGCCAUAUUUCUCUUUGUUUACGAACCAAACAUCAACUCUUACUUCCGUAAAAGUCCUGAAAAUUGGUUGAUUGCGGUUGUCAUCGCUUGGUGUUUGGGCUUAGCCCUUUCAAUCGUUCUGGUGUGUUGCAGCCGCAUCCGACGACGCUGGCCAGUGAAUAUGAUUUUACUGGUACGACUUUUCACCAUUUGUGAAGGCAUUGUGAUUGGAGCUAUGUCGUCCACCAAGAGAUCGGAAGAUGUGAUAAUUGCCGUUUACAUAUGCAUGGCUGUUUGUCUCGCGCUCACCAAUUUUGCUAUGCAGACGGAAUGGGAUUUUACGAAUUGUGGAAGAAUUCUCAUUACCGGUUUGAUCGUCCUAGUUAUUUUCGGAAUCGUUGCCGUCUACAUCCCCGGAAAGGUAUACGAUUUCGUUGAAGCCUCAAUGGGCGCGAUAUUGUUCAGCGUUUAUCUAGUCUACAACACCCAAAUGGCGUUCGGUGGUAAACAAUUGGCAACUUCCCCUGAAGAGUACGUUUUGGCAGCCAACAGUAUCUAUGUGGACAUUCUUAACAUCUACAUCUACAUUGUAGAUUUAGUGCGACUCUCACAUAUCUAAAGAAUGUUUUUUUUUGUUUUGUUUUGUUUUUUUUCAAUCCUAUUAUUCACACCAGAACAGAAUUAUAAUUAUUUUACCUAUGUAUUUAGUCAUAUAGUUAUUGUCUAAGUAAAAACGAUAUAAUCUUUGCCAUUUCUAGAGAAAAAAAAUUAAACAAUAUUACCUGCGGAUUACCAGGGUGUAUUUUAUUAUUGGGAUUUGAAAAAAUGAUAUUCGUUAACGAAGUUCUUAAGUAUUUUGUAAAUAGUAUCAGGCAAAUCAAAAAAAUUUUUGAUUUAGAUUUAGAUUUUAGAUUUUUAUUUAUCAAAAUUUUUUUUUAUUUGCCUGAUAGCGAAUACCAUUUUUAUGUGCUACUUAUGUGUGAUGUAAGAUUCAAAUACACUACUAAAAGGUGAAUAA